AUGACGACAUCUUCGAACCGAGAUCAUUUCUUUCAGACAUCUGCAUCUUUGGAUGAGCAGGAGCGGAAAGAUGCCAAGUCCCAGAACACCAAUGGAAACCCUAUUCGACUACAGGGCAAGAUCCUAGCAGCUCAUCCCGACCCCUGGAAUACUGGCUCGAUUUAUGUUGCCCAUAGCAAUGGCACCGUGAGAAGGAUCAUCCUUGCUACAGGAGAAACAGCUAGGGCGUUUACAGGUCCUAUGGCUCCUGUGACUAGUCUUUGUUUGAGUCCCGAUGGCAAGCUCCUGUUUGCCGGGUGCUGGGACAAAGCUAUCUGGAGCUGGGACACGGCCACUGGCCAGCCACGCCAGAAGUACGAAGGCCAUGCCGACUUUGUUCGAUCAGUCACCAGCGCAAGACUGCGUGGGGAUGACCUGCUUAUCUCCGGUGGUGCUGAUGCACAAAUCCUGGUGUUCAAUAUCACAAGUGGUGAGCGGUUGGAGACCUUCAAGGGCCACUCCCGCGGUAUCCAGGACCUUGCUCUUGACCCAGAAUCAGAGAGCACCCAGCCAGUUGUAUUUAGUGCAGGAAGUGACCGGGAGAUUCGCCAAUUCAGUAUAUUUGGCGGCGGUAGUACUACUGACCCUCUCCUUCCGCAUGACACCAGUGUCUACAAGCUCUUUUUCGAUAAUGACGGCGAUCUCUGGACUGCUUCGGCUGACAAGUCUGCCAAAUGCUUGAUUCGAGAGGAUGGGUGGAAGGCCAAUCUGACCCUAGAGCAUCCAGACUUUGUCCGUGAUGUUGUCGUCUAUGAAACGGGGGGUUGGGUUGUGACUGCCUGUCGGGACGAGGAAGUUCGUGUAUGGAACCGAUCGACUGGAGCACUCCAUCAUACUUUCUCCGGCCAUUUCGAAGAGGUCACUGGGCUUGUGCUUGUAGGGUCAACCAUUGUCAGCGUAGGAAUCGAUGCGACCAUUCGCCAAUGGUCCCUUCGACCCGACGAGCUUCAGCAAGCAGUGGAGCUUGCAAAGAAGCCCGCAGAAGAGGAGAAGGGGGGGGAGGAAAAGCCGGCCGAAUCAAUGUUGACGGCGGAGGAAGAGGCUGAGUUGGCGGAGCUCAUGGGAGAUGAUUAG